CUUCGCCCAGCUGAGUGCACAACGAGAAAAGUUACGAAAACACGCAAAUUCGAUUCGGCCAAGUUCCCCAAAUCGGUAGAAAAGUUUAUAAUUUCGGCACUGAAAAGCAUGAAACUAGUGCAAUAAUGGUUCUUUCGUUCUGUGGAAAACGUCUGCUUCUGACACGCAGCAAUUUGCUGAUCAAUUCGAAGCGUAAUGGCUACAUCGUACUUGUUCCGGAGAUCGGUGAGGAUUUGCCGGAAAGAAACCCGUUGACAAAGUUGGAUAAUGGGCUGCCGGAAUUCAACAAUGUAACGAUAGAACGAUGUGUGGGAACGAUUGGUCAGCAGGCGAUUGCUGUAGAGAAAGGAGUCAAGACCCUGGAGGAAAAAUUGACCGGCGGAUCAGGCGAGGACGGUAUCAGCGACGUUGUAAAAGAUGUUAUUGUUCCAUUGGAAACUUUGACAGCUCCAUUGGAAACAACUUGGGGCGUUGCCAAAACGCUUUAUUUAGGAAAUAGCUCAAAAAUGCCCACCAAGAGCUAUUUAACCAUUCACGAGAGGGCUCGAGGAGCUCGAAGGGUCAAGUUCAACAGUUUACCGAUUUACAACUCCUUUAAGAAUUUGGACGGCGAGGUAAAAAAAAAGAUGUCACAGGAAGAGCAAAGAUUAAUCAACAAAUAUUUGUUGGAGUCAAGGCUAGGCGGAAUCGAAAUCGACGGAUCUUCAAAGUCAGAGUUGAAGGAACUGAUGGGAAAAUUGUCUGUGGAACGAUCGCGAUUCCAUGGCAAAAUUGAAGUAGCCAUUAAGAAGUUCUCGCAAACCAUUAAAGAUCCAGCAUUGAUGCAGGAAUUUCCUCCAUCGGUAUUACAAGCCCUGGCCGUGGAUCAAACGCAGGUGAUUAAAGGGCCGUGGAAAAUUACACUCCAACCAUUUGUGGUGAAGAAUUUCUUGGAGUUCUGUCCGGACCGAACUUACCGGUGGAAUUUAUGGCAAGCGGAUACUCGAAAAUGUUCCAACCACACGGAUAAACAGUUGGAAAACAGCACUCACCUGGAAUCGAUCCGGUCGCUCCGGAAGCGUCAGGCCAAGCUGCUAGGUUAUGAAAGUUUUGCACACAUGUCAAUGGAAACUAAAAUGGUGGAAUCGAUUGAAUAUUUAAAAGGAUCAUUGGAUGAACUGUUCCAGUACGCUAGACCGGCUUUGGAGACCGAGAUGAUUUCGUUGAGCAAAUUUGCUGCCGAAAAUGGCUACAAAGCAGAAAUGGACGUUUACGAUGUGCCCUAUUGGCGCAGAAAGCAGCUGGCCAAAGAGCAUCAGUUUGACAAAGAAGCCAUGCGCGAAUAUUUCCCAAUGCCAAAAGUUCUGAGCGGAUUGUUCAAUUUGGCGGAAUCUUUGUUCGGUAUUCGGAUUGUGGAACGUUCUGGAGUUGAUACCUGGCAUGAGGAUGUUAAGUUUUAUGAUAUAUUCGAUGCAUCGAAAGGAACGAAUCCAAUUGCAGGAUUUUACACAGAUUUGUAUUCGCGUGACGAUGAGAAAAUUUUCGUAGCGGGAAAUACUGGUUGGAUGGUUGGAAUCGUCAACAAAAGUAUCAUUGCUGGUGAUAAUCCUUUGGCAGCGUUGAUUUGUAAUUUCCCAACACCACUGUACGGAAAACCGUCGCUACUCAAUUUGGAUGAUGUUCAGAUAUUGUUCCACAAGUUUGGCCAUGCCCUUCAACAUUUACUAACGCAGACGCAUUACAGUGAGGUAGCUGGUCUAUCGAACGUAGAAUGGGACGCUGUUGAAGUGGCUGGUCACCUAAUGACAUCUCUUUUGCAAGAUCCUGAGGUGAUUCACUCCAUCAGUUCCCAUUACAAAACAGAACAGCCACUUCCAGCGCUUUGCAUUCAAGCUAUCCAGAAAUAUCACACUCACAUGGCCGGAUAUGCACUUUGCCGGGAGUUAUACCAUUCUAAUUUGGACCUUGAACUACACCUGACAUCCGACUAUUGGCUUGAUAUUGUCAAAAAACUUUAUCCUCAGUAUCACACUUUCCCACUGGACAAAAAAGACGCCCAUCCCUGUUCCAUGGCCACCAUCUUUUCGGGCGAUUGGGGUGCAGCAUACUACAGCCGUCUCUGGUCACGCUUGGUAGCAGCUGACGUUUACAGUGCAUUCGUCGAAGCCAAGGCCAAGGGUCAGCAAACUGAAGCCGGUGUGCGAUUCCGAGAUACGUUCCUAGCAUCCGGAGGUGGACUGCACCCUUCGGAAGUUUUUCGGCAGUUCCGCGGUCGAGAUCCAUCGCCCAAAGCACUACUUCAAACUCUAGGCAUCUAUCGACCAGUUCACAACCCUUCGGUGGUUUCUAGUGGUGGAGCAAAGCCCAAAGAAGAUUAAUCCCAUUCAAACAAUACAAGCAAGCUUAGUCAUGCUAGUUUUAUUAUUUGUUGGUUGAAAAAGAAAACUAAACUCUGUACUAAGACGCUUUUUCAAAAGAAAGCGUAAUAAAAAUGAGAAUUAUGUUUA